AUUACUUCAUCUCCUUUUUUCUUAUACAAUAAUGGCUCCGAGCUUUUCUGAUAGAGACUCACUUUUCAAUUUUGUAGUCCGAGACGGAAAUGGAGUUAAGGGGAUGGUGGAUUUAGGCCUAACAAAAGUACCACAACAAUAUGUUCAACCCCAAGAAGAAAGAAUAGACAAACGAAACGCAACCCUUAAUGAUAACUCACCAAUUGAUUUGUCAAAACUAGAUGGUCCUGACCAUAACCAUGUGGUUGAAGAAAUUUCUAGAGCCGCUGAGACUCUAGGGUUCUUCCAAGUGAUUAACCAUGGCGUGCCCUUGGAGCUGCUCGAGUCCUUGAAGGUUGCAGCUCAUAGUUUCUUUAGCCAAACACCUGAAAAGAAGGCUGCCUAUCGCAAGGGCGUUAGCCCUAGCCCGUUGGUUAAGUAUGGCACCAGUUUUGUUCCAGAGAAAGAGAAGGCAUUAGAGUGGAAAGAUUAUAUUAGUAUGAUCUAUACUAAUGACGAUGAGGCCCUUCAAGUUUGGCCUAAAGAAUGCAAGGAAGUUGCACUCGAAUAUCUAAGAACAUCGAUCAAGAUGGUUAGAAAAUUACUUGAAGUUCUAAUUGAAAAGCUGGGAGUGAAAUUGGAUGAUUCAAAAAUAGAUGCAUUGAUUGGGAUGAAAAUGGUGAACAUGAAUUUCUAUCCAACGUGUCCAAAUCCAGAGCUAACUGUUGGGGUGGGUCGCCACUCCGACAUGGGUACUCUAACUGUGUUAUUGCAGGAUGAAAUUGGAGGUCUAUACGUGAAAUUGGAAGAUAACGUAGAUGGGAAGGAUAAAGGAGAAUGGAUAGAGAUCCCACCGGUUACCGGUGCUUUGGUCAUCAAUGUCGGUGACACAUUACAGAUUCUGAGCAAUGGAAGGUACAAAAGCGCAGAACAUAGAGUGCGAACAACAAGCCUCCAAUCAAGAGUGUCGGUACCAAUUUUUACCAUCCCAAAACCAACAGAAAAGAUUGCACCGUUUGCUGAAUUGGUGGAGCGCGACGGCGUAGCUCUUUACAGAGAGGUUGUGUUUGGAGAUUAUAUGAAUAAUUUCUUCGGUAAUGCUCAUGAAGGAAAAAAGUCUCUUGAUUUUGCUCGAAUCAAUUAGUUUUCUUUUACUUUGUCAACGCUUAAUUUGUUCUACUUCUACUUUUGGUAGAAAAUAAAUAUUUUUCAAAAUUUUAAUGUCAUAAUCUGUGAUUUUAUGUUAUUUAAUACCUGGAUUAUGAAUGAAACAUUGGUGUAAAGUCGUACUCUAUAUAUGAAA